UUUGUUCCGGGCUAACUGAAGCAAACAUGGCAGCGGAGGGAGACGUCGAUUUGGACCUGGAAGCCGAGGAAAACUGCACUGGAAAACCUGUGGAAAAGCCUCGGAAACAUGACAGCGGAGCCGCUGAUUUGGAGAGAGUCACGGACUACGCGGAGGAGAAGGAAAUUUCUAGUUCGGAUUUAGAAACGGCCAUGUCAGUGAUUGGAGACAGAAGAUCACGAGAACAGAAAGCUAAACAAGAAAGAGAAAAAGAACUGGCGAAAGUCACCAUCAAGAAAGAAGAUGUCGAACUAAUUAUGUCAGAGAUGGAGAUCUCGAGGUCUGUGGCGGAGCGCAGCCUGAGGGAACACAUGGGGAACGUGGUGGAGGCUCUGGUAGCUCUGACCAACUGAACAAACGUACUGUUUGACUGGACCAUCCAGACUGAGAUCUUAAAACUGUUUCUUUUUUUUUGUAGUUUUAAAUAAAAGUUCUUCACUUGUG